CCCCCCCCCAAAAAAAAAAAAAAAAAACGGAGAAAAAAGGAGGGAUAGUGAGAUCCAUGUUUUCACGAAGAUCGGACGAAACAGAAGAGACAUGCGUGAUUUAUUUUUGCUUUUUUGUUGUUGCAAUUCAUUUUUUGUCGGGAUGCUUCGGCGUUGACCGGAGGAUCUGUACGAUGACACCUCAUACUGGUACCGCGCUUGAGUGAGCUGGGGCAUCCUCUCCCAGGAAAAUGCAUACCUGGACCCUAAAAUAAUCCUGCUGAUUGCAUCAUCUCUGAGGCUGGCUGAGAUGUAUGACAAUUAUGGGGAGAUCUGCCGAAACCUUUGCACGUGCGAGGAGAAAGAAGGGAUCCUGAUGGUGAGCUGCGAGAACAGAGGGAUCAUCAGGCUGACAGAGAUCAGCCCGGUCCACUUUUCUAUGUAUCACCUCCUGCUGACAGGGAACCUCCUGAAGAAGCUGUCGGUCAACGACUUCAUCAACUACACCGGGGUGACCAUCCUCCACUUGGGAAACAAUGACAUCUCUGAGGUGGAGUCGGGUGCCUUCAACGGACUCCAGGGAUUAAAAAGGUUGCACCUGAACAACAACAAGAUUGAAGUUCUUCGGGAUGACACCUUUGCAGGACUGGAGGCUUUGGAAUACCUACAGAUUGAUUAUAACUACAUCUCCAAUAUAGAGCCCAAUGCAUUGAGCAAGCUACACCAACUGACAGUUAUGAUUUUGAAUGACAACCUGCUCUCGGCUCUGCCUCCAAAUAUCUUCCGGAGUGUUCCCCUUACGCACCUGGACUUGAGGGGGAACCGAUUAAAAAUGUUUCCCUACAUCGGCCUCCUAGAGCACAUGAACAAAGUUGUGGAAUUACAACUGGAGGAAAAUCCUUGGAAUUGCUCCUGUGAGCUCAUUGCUCUGAAAGCGUGGCUGGAGAGUAUUGCCUACACAGCUCUUGUGGGAGAAGUGGUGUGCGAGACACCAUUCAGGCUCCACGGUAGGGACUUGGAUGAGGUGUCCAAGCAGGAACUCUGCCCUCGAAGACCCUUAGAUGACACAGUGAGGCCUGCACUCCCUAGCAGCACCAGUGGAUACUAUCAAACCACACCUGCUGUCACCACCUCUGCCACCUCAUCUGCAGUGUUUAGGUCCUCCUCUAGGCCUACCAAGGGCACACGGCAAUUUAACAGAACUAGGUUAAAGCCCACUUCCCGAAUACCAGGUGGCAGCCCAUACAACUAUGGCCCCAUCAUUGCUUUUCAGACCAAAUCCCCUGUGCCUUUGGACUGUCCCACUGCCUGCACAUGCAACCUGCAGAUAUCUGAAAUUGGGCUAAAUGUCAACUGCCAAGAGAGAAAGAUAGAGAGCAUCUCUGAUCUAAAACCCAAGCCAUACAAUCCUAAAAAAAUGUAUCUUACUGGAAAUUACAUCCCUGUGGUACGGCGAUCAGAUUUUGUCGAUGCUACAGGAUUGGAUUUGUUGCACCUGGGAAACAACAGGAUAACUUUGAUUCAUGACAAAGCAUUUGGGGAUUUAACCAACCUGCGUAGGCUGUAUUUAAAUGGUAAUCUCAUGGACAAGCUUACAGGCGAAAUGUUUUUUGGUUUGCAAAAUUUACAGUAUCUUUAUUUAGAGUAUAACAAAAUCAAAGAGAUUGAGGCAGGAACUUUCCGCUACCUUACUCAUCUCCAGCUACUUUUCCUCAACAACAACCUUCUGAAAACCUUACCUGGGGGCAUUUUUUCCAGCCUCUCGCUGUCUAGGCUUAAUCUGCGCAACAACCAAUUCCAAAACCUGCCCGUGAGCGGUGUUUUAGACGAGUUGAAGCUCUUAGUGCAGAUAGAUUUGUUCGAGAACCCGUGGGACUGCUCUUGCGACAUAGUUGGGAUGAAGAUUUGGCUCGAGCAGCUCAGCGCUGGCACCGUGGUUAAUGAGGUGGUGUGCGAGACUCCGAAACGCCACACUGGAAUGGAUCUGCACUCGAUCCAGUCCGAGCAGCUUUGUCCGGAUUACUCUGAUGUUUAUAUCUCACCGGCUCCCCCUACGGAUGAGCCCAAGGAUGACAAGGUUACAACCACAGAGUUGCCACAGAAGUACAACACCCAUAGUAGUGCCGUGCCCCUCUCCGUCCUCAUCCUCAGCCUCCUGCUUGUUUUCAUCAUGUCUGUCUUUGUGGCUGCAGGUCUAUUUGUGGUUGUAAUGAAACGGCGCAAAAAGUCACAGAGCGACCGCACGAGCACCAACAACUCAGACGUCAGCUCCUUUAACUUGCAGUACAGCCUCUACAGCAACCGCUCUGGACCCAAAGUCAAAGCCCCUGCCAGCCAUGUCUACGAGUAUAUCCCACACCCUAUGGGUCACAUGUGCAAAAACCCCAUUUACAGGUCAAGAGAAGGCAAUGCUGUGGAGGAUUAUCGAGACCUCCAUGAGCUUAAGGUCACCUACAGGAGUACGCCGGAGGAAGAACGAGAUAGCAGUACGAUGAGGAGCCCUUCUUACAGCAUUAGCACCAUCGAGCCACGUGAAAACCCCUCACCUGUCCAAGAUGCAGAUCAUUUCUUCAGAGGCAUCCUGGAGCCAGAUAAGCAGUCCCCCCAUCAGUCCAUCCCCUCCAUCCCAGCAGGCACCAAUUUAGAGUAUAAAUACACGGGACCCGUGGCAUACACGUACAACCCAAAUUUUGAUGUCAGACGUCAGUUCUUGCACCCAGAGAGGAUAAGAGAAACGGUGCUGUACGGCACGGCACCCAGUACUGUUUACGUCGAGCCCAACAGAAACGAAUAUCUGGAGCUUAAAGCUAAACUGCAGUCUGAGCCCGAUUACCUCGAAGUUCUUGAGAAACAGACCACCUUUAGCCAAUUCUGAGCAGCAGAACUAUUAAACACCCCCAACCCUUUCCCUGAAUCAGCGGCUCAGUUGUUCGGGUGCCUUGGCACAGUACAAACAAGCAAAAGCAGUAAAACAAACAGACAAACAAAGAAAUAAUUCAAUCAAGCGGGGUGUGCCGAACAAUCUCGUUCUUAUUUCUGAAACAUUACAUGGCAAGAAUGGAUACAGCUUUCAUGGAUGAACAAAAUUACUUAACUGAUGAUGCAAAAUCUAUUUUUCUACAUGGUGGAGAUUGAAUAAUAAACACAAAAAUGUACAGGUAAAUCUUACCCAACUUCAUUUUCAGGAAUAUAACCAUACAUAAGGUAUAUUGUGAAUCAGAGGAAGAAUAAACAAAUGUUUAUAAGGUCACUUCUGGACAAAAAAAACAAACAAAAACAAAACAAAAAAACAACUGUACAGCAGAUCAUCAAAACUGUGUAGGACUAUUUUCUGCUGUAGUCUGUAAGUACGUAUUUAUUGAUAUAAUCUGCCAUGUCUUUUCAAAACUUUUGAUUCUCCAUCAGAAUUACCUGUGUCAUCACACACCAUCAUCCUCUGGAAAGGCUUAUGUUUGUACUUUCAUUUACUGUUGCUCUUGCAUUGUAAAAGUGGCUUCCUUUCUCUUUUUUUAAGAAAAAAAUGGCACACCCCCCCACC